UUCCUUUCCCACUUGUCAGAUGAAAAGGAAACAGGUGAUUAACCUUCACGGAUAGUAAUUUUAUUUGUUGUUUCAAUUCUUUACGACUUACUAUUAAAUAUUGACAUGUUAGUUGAAAUAAAAAUUACAAGAAUGGAACCGUAAUAUUAUUAUGAAGCUACUGCCAAAUUUCUUCUCAUCUGCCAUAUUAUACAACAAUGUAUGAGUUCUUUACAUGUUAUAUUGUUUUUGCAUUCUUCUCUCAUGCAUUCCACUCCAAAGCUGCUACAGUUGAAUAUUUAUAAAAUGUUGCCUUACUUUUCAUUCCAAAGUAGCAGUGGAUGGCUUACUUAAAUAAUUUCACUUAAGCAAAAGAAAUUUAUAAGCAACAAUUUACCUACUUAAGGUGUAUUUUUGAAAAUAACUCUACUUACCUGUUUCUAUAUUAUUCAACAUGGUUCGCUUUCGUUUUUAUACUUGUAAAAUAAUUAUUGUCACAUCAGUAGUGUGGUUUAUGAUUGGAGCUUUGAUGCUUAUGUAUUAUACUGAUUGUGCUGGUAACAACAGUUUAUGCAUAAAAAAGACUGUGGUUGUUAAAGACUUGCCCAGUGAAGAUGAUGUAAAGUUUUCAAAGUCUCCUAAUGCACCAAAAGGAAGAUUUGCAAGAUACAGUCCAAAAGAAUAUAAAUUAAAUCCAUCUCAUUGGCCCGGUGAAAUGGGAAAAGCUGUUGUCAUUCCUAAAGAAGAAGAGAUUUUAAAGAAUGAAAAAUUUAAGUUAAAUCAGUUUAAUUUAUUAGCAAGUGAUCGCAUUGCCUUGAAUAGAAGUCUCCUAGAUGUACGCAUGGAAUCAUGCAGACGAAAGCAAUAUCCCAGCUCUUUACCUACUACCAGUAUAGUAAUUGUAUUUCAUAAUGAAGCAUGGUCUACAUUGCUACGUACAGUGUAUAGUGUCAUAAGCACUUCACCAGCAUCUUUAAUAUCAGAAAUAAUAUUGGUAGAUGAUGCAAGUGAAAGAGAGUAUCUUGGAAAGAAACUUGAAAACUUUGUGUCCAAACUAAGCAUUCCAACUAAAGUUAUGCGUACUGGCAAAAGAUCGGGUUUGAUAAGAGCUAGGCUCAUUGGAGCAGCUGCAACAACAGGCCAAGUUAUUACUUUCCUUGAUGCACACUGUGAAUGUACUAGAGGCUGGCUUGAACCACUUCUUGCUAGAGUUGCUGAAGAUAGAACUCGAGUAGUGUGUCCUAUAAUUGAUGUAAUUAGUGAUGAAACUUUUGAAUAUGUUCCUGCAUCAGAUAUGACGUGGGGUGGCUUCAACUGGAAACUUAAUUUCCGCUGGUACCGUGUACCGCAGAGAGAAGUGGACCGUAGAGGAGGAGAUCGAAGCCUACCUCUUAAAACCCCUACAAUGGCAGGUGGAUUAUUUUCAAUUGAUAGAGAUUAUUUUGAAGAAAUUGGUAAAUAUGAUGAGGGCAUGGACAUCUGGGGUGGAGAAAAUUUGGAGCUUUCAUUUAGAAUUUGGAUGUGUGGGGGAACAUUAGAGAUUGUCACUUGCUCACACGUUGGUCAUGUUUUUCGCAAAUCCACUCCAUAUACUUUCCCUGGUGGUACAAGCAAAAUAGUUAACCAUAAUAAUGCCAGGCUUGCAGAAGUUUGGUUGGAUGAAUGGAAGGACUUUUACUAUGCAAUUAAUCCUGGUGCAAGGCAGGCUGAUAUUGGUGAUCUAACUGAAAGAAAGAAACUUCGUAAAGAUUUAAAGUGCAAGAGCUUCCGUUGGUAUUUGGAAAAUAUUUAUCCAGAAUCGCAAAUGCCUCUUGAUUAUUAUUAUCUUGGGGAAAUUAAAAAUGCUGAAACAGCAAACUGUCUGGAUACAUUUGGACGUAAAAGUGGUGAACAUAUUGCAAUGGGAGCCUGUCAUGGCCUUGGAGGAAAUCAGGUAUUUGCUUAUACAAAACGACAGCAAAUAAUGUCAGAUGAUAACUGCUUAGAUGCUGCAUCAAGCGAUGGACCUGUUAAACUCUUGCGUUGUCAUGGAAUGGGUGGUAAUCAAAUGUGGACUUAUGAUAAAGAGGAUCAAACUAUUAUACAUUCCCAAACUAGACGUUGUUUGGAUAAACCUGAUGAUUCUGAUGUUACUCUUCCCACUUUGAAGAAAUGUGAUGGUCGGCAGUCCCAAAAGUGGAUAAUGAGUAGCAGUUUUAAAUGGCAGGCUUCAUAACUUAAAUAAAAAGGACAAUACAUUUCUUACAAGGCUGCAGUAUUCUCUGAGAAUAUAUCUGUGAUGGUUAAAGUACAAGAUUCUGCAUUUUUAGUAUUUAUUUAUGUGUUUCAAAGCCGAAGUAAAAGUUUAACAUUGCCAAAUAAGCCAAUUAUCUUAUUAUUUAAAUAAUAAAAAUACUGUAAUUCCAACUGAACAUUCCAUUUGUAAAAACUUGACACUUAAAUAUUCUUAUAUUGCUAGACUGGGGUUUUUGUUCUUUUUUUCUAAAUAAAUUGUUGAAUUAUUCUUUGGUGUAUGAAAAUAUUCCGGGUUGUUACAUAGGUAUCUAUUGCACUCGAAUGCUCAUGUGCAUUAUGAUUACCUCUUCCAUAGUAGUCUUUACAAUAAAAUAUAUUUUAUUAA